UGCCAUCCAUACCAACAACCAGACAUUUGAGGUGCUGCGAAGUGAAUUUUUGUUAAAUAUAUUUUCAAUGCCGCAACAUCGGUUAGUUUGGCCCGAAACCUCAACAAAUUAACAAGUGAAAUAACGCACAAGAAAAUAAUACGAAAAAAAAAACAAACCAAAAAUUAAAUUUAAUGUGGAAAUAAAGAAAAGCCAAACUAACAAAAGUUCAGUUUUUGAAAAAAAAGAACUCCCCUUGGAAAACUAAAUUCACAAAAAUACCGGGAGAAAAAAAAACAUAAUUAACACAUUGUGUGACACCAAUACACCAACAGCCAGCAAAAGAUUGCGUAAAAUUCCCCCUGAGGCCAUCUCUCAACCACUAAAAACCAAAAAAAAAAAAAACAACUUCAAAAUGUUGGAAACCGAAGUCAUGCAACAACACAACUUGUCUGGCCCCAAGGAUGGUGAGGAGUUUGAUCCCUAUGUCUGUAGUCUAAGUCCCGAAUUGAAAGCGGUGGCCAAAGAGGAACUACACGAAGACGACAACAUUCGCAAGCAGGCCUUGGCUCAGUUCCGUGAAUGGAUCGCCAAACAUCCACACAUUAAAAAAUGUCGCACCGAUACAAUUUUCCUUUUGCGCUUCUUGCGCACCAAGAAAUUCUCCGUGCCGGCGGCUUGUGAAAUGUUGGAACGUUAUUUGACCAUUCGCCAGCUGUUCCCCCAUUGGUUUAGCAAAUUGGAUAUUGAAGAUCCGGCUAUGAGUGAAAUUUUCGAUAAUGGUUAUUUGGUACCGCUGCCACAGCGUGAUGAACAUGGACGGCAAAUUAUAUUCUCAGUGGCGGCCAAAUUUGAUCCCUACAAGUAUACCUCGGUGCAAAUGGCACGUAUUCAUUCGCUAAUCUGUGAGGCCCUGCUGGACGAUGAAGAUUCCCAGGUGGCUGGCUAUGUUUAUGUCAACGAUGAGAGUGGCAUGAAUAUGGGUUUUGUGAGCCUAUGGUCUCUUACCGAUUUGAGAAGUAUUUUGAAAUGUAUUCAGAACUCGACACCUAUGCGUCACAAGGAAACCCAUUUCCUGAAUAUACCUCACUAUGCCAACAGAAUUAUUGAGUUGGCAGUAUCGAUGUUGAGCGAUAAGCUGAAAAAGAGAAUUAUUGUCCACAAAAGCAUUGAUGCCUUGAAGAGCAAAAUAGAUCCCUCAAUCUUACCCAAAGAAUAUGGCGGCACCGUACCCAUGGCCGAUAUGAUCAAGGAAUUCAAGGUGAAGCUGCAACAAAAACGUGCUGCCAUUUUGGCUUUGGAUGACAUGCAAAUCGAAAUCACAAAAGAUGCUGCCAGUUUUGCCGGCAAUGAUGUGGGAGAAAUUGAUUCAGGCGUUGUGGGCAGUUUUAGAAAACUAGAGGUCGAUUAAACGAUGCCAGCAUCCCAACACAGGCUUCCAAUCUCAGUAACAAAUCGCAACAAUCCUUAAAUGUGUUUUUAAUUUUAUAAAAAUAUCUUCAUUAUUAUUAUGAUAAUUAUUAUUGUUAAUAGUAUUAAGUUUUUAUCUCAUUUAUGUAUGUAUUUUAUGUGUGUUUGAUUUAAUUAUGUACACUCAAGUAAAUUGGAGAUGAUUGAAAAAAAGAGAAAUUUGUGAUAAGUAAAAUCUCUCACUAACCUCGUCACAUUGAUUUGUCCAUUAUUCUCUCCAUCCAAGCCCAGAAAACUAACAUCCAUUCGAAUGAUAUUUAAAAUAUUUUAUAUAUUUGCUUUUCAUAAUUUAUGAAACAUAAUUUGUAAGCAAAUCUUUUGUUGUUCUAUAUUAUGUUUUUAUUAUUUUUUUUUAUUUUAUUAUUAUUUUUUAAUUUUUUAUUUUCGGCCAACAACAACAAACGAGAUCGAAAAUUUCCGAAAACAAAAAAAUAUAUAUUUUUUUGUUUUAUUUAUUCUUACUUUUAUAUUUUAUUUUCAAGUUUACUUGUCUUGUCGUUUUAAUGUAGUAUAAUAAUUUAAUAGUAAUUAAUAAAUAUUAAAAUAAAUGUUUUAAAAAAUAAAA